CUAGUUAUUUAAAGCCUUAAAAACUAUGCAUGAUGAUUUUAAAAGUCGAGUAGAAAUUCUAUAAUUUUCUAACUCUAUCGUGUUGGUGUGCCGCGAAUAUAUGAAUAUAAUUUAGUUUAAAAAAUAUUUAAUAAGUAGAUUAGGAUGGAACACAUAAAAGUGUGUAGAAUAUGCCUCGUAAUGGAUGUAAGAAUGCACAAUCUACAAGCUUAUCCUCUAGGAACUUAUUUCGAAAAUGUUACAGGAGUAAAUCUCAUUAAGAUGACAGAUCUGCCUCCAUUUGCAUGUUAUGAGUGUACAACACUGAUCAAGAAGUUUAAUAAUUUCCGAGAAAGGUGUUUGAGAGGACAGACUGCUCUCUAUGGGAUACUACAAACAUCUGGGAAGAUAUCUACUGAAGAUGUAAAACAAAUUGAUAGAAAUUAUUUCCAUCUGACAUCUAAUUUUUUAUUCUCAAACAUAAAAACAUGUGAAGACUUUUGUAUGAAUUAUGAAGACUCAAAGAAAAAUAUUAAAAAUGAACCGUUUGAGCAAACGGAUAAUCUAGAAUAUAAUAUAGAAUUAGACGUAAAUAGUAUAAAGCAGGAAAGUAAUUUUGAUGAUUACGCUUCUUUGUCUAUGUCCAGUGAUGAUAAUGAACCUUUGUCUUUACAUAAAAGUGGUAAAGGAAAGAAAGUUAAAUUAGUUAAAAAGAAAGCAAGAAAAAAAAGAAAUAAUGGAGAAUGUACUGAAAUGUCGGAGAACAGUCUUGCUGAAUUUUUAAUUGAGACUGAAGAAAAGGAGUCAGAUAUUGUACAAAGUCUUUUAGACACGAAACGUAAGAAGAGAGGAAGACCAAAGAAAAAUGCAAAACCAGUAGAAAAACUCAGGAAAUACACGGAACAUGAAGAAGAAUUGGACGUUGAGGAAUAUGUUACAGUUAUAACACUAUCGUUGGAAGAGCAAAUAGAAGAAGUCAAGAAACGGAAGACAUCAAGCAAUUAUUUGAAUUCAGCGUACAAAUGUGAUCUUUGCUACAAAGGAUUUAUACACACUGAGGCAUGGAAUCAUCAUCUUAGAAAACAUGAUCCGAGUGCGGGGGAGAUGGAAUGUUGUGUUUGCAAGUUCCGCUUCAAGACGAAGCGCAUCUUGUUGAAACACACAGCUAACCACGAGAAGAAGUACGCCUGCAAAGCCUGCUCAUACGUCUCUAGGACCCCGACACAAGCGAGACAACACCAGCGCUGGCACAAAGGGGUCACCUACAAGUGUCAAUACUGUGAUGAAAUAUCCACUAAAUGGACGUCGUACUUAAGCCACGUGAGAAUUAAGCACCCCUCGCAGCACAUCUGUGGCGCCUGCGGGUACUCCUUCGUCAGCUCUCUGGGGCUCGCCAUGCACCGCACCAUGAUGCACAAGGAUCUAGACUUGUCAAAAGAGAAGUCUGAGAAGGUGUCAGAUGGUGAUGAGGUUGAUGAUAAGGGUCGUUACUGCGCGGAUUGUGAGGUGCACUUCAUGUCGGAGGAGGCUUGGAAGCGACAUCUUGUCACCUCCGUCAAACAUGUGCCAUCAUAUAUCUUCAAUAACGGAUGUCGUGUUUGCGGGGAAAUAUUCAAUAAUCCUGAAGAACUACGCAUUCACCAUAGACAAAAGCACGCUCGAAAGAGACCCACUAACUACGGGAAGAAGCCUUCCAACCAUGACAACAAGUGGCCUACUAACUGUGAACAUUGUUCUGAAGAAAUACCGAAUGCACGCGAGUACUGGGUCCAUUUCCGGCGUGUUCACCCUGACAAGACUUACCCCAUACCGAAGAACCACAUCUGUGACGUCUGCGGCAAAGGUUUUAGGGGUAACGCAUUCUUAGCGUACCACAAGCGCACGCACAGCGAGGAGCGAGCUUUCAAAUGUCCGCAAUGUCCGAAGGCUUUUCACAAUCGUAUCAACCUGCAGAUGCAUGCGCGUACGCAUUCUGAUGCGCGUCCACAUCCCUGCACCCUCUGCUGCAAGGCCUUCAAGUGCAAGGCAGCACUUGACAGGCACACCAGGUGCCACACCGGCGUGAAGCCGUACGAGUGUGGUAUCUGCGGUAAGGCUUUCGCGCAGUCUAACAGCUGUAAGCUGCACGUGCGCACUGUACACCUCAAGCAGCCUUCGCCCUACCUCAGCCGCGCCCGACUCGAGCGCCGCGCCCGACUCGCCCCGCACCAAGCCGCGAACCAGACCCCGAACCAACCGCAUCAAACAACGCUCUACUGAUCUUCU